AUGGCGCAGCCGAGGAGUGUAGAGGAACUUGAAAGGCUUCUGCGACAGGCCGAUCAGCGCGCCGACGAUGCAGAGAGAGAGCGACAGGAGGAGCGACAACGUGCCGAGAGAGAGCAGCAACGCGCCGACGAAGCAGAGAGAGAGAGACAAGAGGAGCGACAACGCGCUGAGAGAGAGCAGCAACGCGCUGAGGAAGCGGAGGAACAAACCCGGCCCACGACACUUGAUGAAUACAUCGCCGCGUGCCAUCACCUCGUCUUCUCCAAAUUUGCCGUCGAAACAGACAAAAAACUGACCUUGAAGGGCCCUAUCACCAAUCCGCGUAACAAGUGGUGUCCGACACGUCUCAGGCCAUGGUCGGAUUUCCUAGAACAACAGAGAGUCAUCUUUGGUGCACUCUACGACACGUUCCCUGCCCAGAGCCGCGCUUUCGAGAGCCGAAGUUUCCUGGCCGGCUUGGGAAACCGGGUCUCCCAGCGAUCGAUAGCAAACGAGAAGACACUCGAGCAUUUCCUGCACAACAGUGUUGAGGAUCCAGUCAGAGCGAUAAUAGAGCAGCUCAAGCAGGUGAAUGAGGUCAGCAGUGCAUUCGACAUGGGAAAUGGCAUCAUCUUCGAGAAUCACCCCCAUGCCAUUAGCGACGUCGCUGAAGAAGUCGUGGACCGGGAGACUCCUUCAACACCACCACAGACGCCGGACCACAGACGAGACCUCAAUCAGCUGCGACCCGAUCAGAUCUGCGUCUAUCGAUCCAACGAUGUGCUCGCGACGACGCGUACUAUGAUAUAUGUUUCUGAGUACAAACCCCCCCACAAGCUGACCGCUCCGCAUCUUCGUCUUGGUCUGCGGGCUAUGAACAUUCCUAAGGACGUUGUCAAUCGAAAAACGAUUCCAACGUCUGUGGACCCGGACGCGCUUUUCCAGUAUCACGCGGAAAGGCUGACGGCGUCUGCCGUCACGUAG